CACAGUAUGAUCUGUACUGAGCCGUCAUUAUGAAAUCAAUAACGAGAAUGUAUUAUGAUCGGGUUAACACCAGCGGAAUAUGACACAGGAGAAGUUUGACAGGUGAGGAAGAACAAAACCUCUGGACACUGAAGGCGAAAAUCCCCUUGACUAGAUCUCAAUCUAAAUUAUCUCAAAAGUGCUCCAGAACCCUCUGAAGAUGCGGAUGUUUUCUGCUUUACGAAAUACUGUGUCUCCUGAAGCCGCUUUGAGCAGGAGUCUGGCUGAGGUUGUCAGUGUCUAAAGCUACUGUGCAGUUAUCCACGUAAGGUUGAAACUGGCAUCAACUCCACCCUUCAUGAUGGUUUAGUCCAGCUGGGAGGGCAAAACAAUGACAUCCAUGGUUGUCAGUGGGAAAAGAAGAGGCCAGUCACUGGUCCCGAAAGGAGUGGACCCUGAAACAUGCAUGAUUGUGUUCAAAAACCACUGGGCACAGGUGGUGAAGAUUCUGGAGAAGCAUGACCCGCUGCGCAGUAAUGUUGGUGGCCUGGGUGCAGGUCAUGGUCUUGCUGGGGGCGGAGGAUUCGGCAGGUUCCGUUUCGGUCCAAUCCCUGGCGAUGAGGCCAGCGCCGUGCAGAACUAUGUAGAGCACAUGCUCUUCCUCCUCAUGGAGGAGGAGUGUGGUCAGAAUGGAGCCAUGGGGCCCAUCCUGGAGUUUGUGGUGAUGGAAAACGUGUUGGAGCGACUAUUUAUCUGGAGCCUGAGGCGAGAAUUCACAGAUGAUAUGAAAUUGGAGCAACUGAAGAUGUACGAGAUGCUGAUCGGACAAGCCAAGCAGCCAUUACUUCAUCAUAAACCUGUGCUCAAGCCUUUGAUGAUGAUCUUGUCGUCCUGCUCCGGCUCCCCAUCGAGUCCAAGCUCCUCCGCUGUGGAGACAGAACUCGUGCUGCUCUUGAAUCAGCUGUGCUGUGUCCUGGCUAAAGACCCGUCAGUCUUGGAGUUGUUUUUCCAUACGAGCGAGGACCAAGGAGCUGCUAAUUUCCUCAUCUUCUCUCUACUCAUCCCUUUCAUACACAGGGAAGGCUCAGUGGGACAGCAGGCCAGAGAUGCACUUCUGCUCAUCAUGGCUCUUUCUGCUGAGAACACAGUUGUGGCCAAACACAUCGCAGAGAACACCUAUUUCUGCCCGGUUUUGGCUACAGGUCUGAGUGGGCUUUACUCCUCUUUGCCCACCAAAUUGGAUGUACCCAGUGAAGAGUGGCACUGCCUGCACCAUGAGGAUUGGCAGCAGCUGCCCGCUCUUGUGCAGUUUCUUAACUCCUUGGAGUUCUGCAAUGCUGUCAUACAGGUGGCCCAUCCUUCCAUUAGAGACCAGCUAGUUGGCUACAUUCAUAAUGGUUUUCUGGUACCUGUUUUAGCACCAGCAUUACACAAGCUGACACUUGAAGAGGUGAUGACCACAACAGCGUACCUGGACCUCUUCAUACGCAGCGUAACUGAUCCUGCAUUGCUGCACACCUUACUAAGCUUCAUCCUGCUCCAUCGACAUGACAAUGUACACAUUUUGGACACGCUGGUCAGCCGCAUCAAUACUCCUUUUCAGCUUGGCACAGUAUCGCUGGCGCUGUUCCGCACUCUCAUUGGCUUGCAUUGUGAAGAUGUCAUGCUCCAGUUGGUUUUCAAGUACCUGAUCCCAUGUAACCACAUGAUGUUGAGUCAGCGGAGAGUCCUGAGCGAGAGAGACUGUUACUCUGUAUCGGCCGCCAAGUUUCUAGCCCUUACACCCUCCUGCUGUUCUCCAGAGGUCAUCCCCCCUCCACUCAGACAACUGGACUCCAUUCUGUGGUCAAAAGGCACUGAUGGCUCCCCUAUAGGAACUACAGAAUCAAAAGAGGUCCUCUCAGAGGAGGACGACUGUGGUAACUCAUGUGUCAUUGGCUCAGAGAUCUACCUUGAUGUCAGUUACCUACACUACUUGUACGAUGCACAAAACAGCAUUGGUCAUUGUAUGCGAGCAUGCCGUGUGUGGUCGGCCCCUUACGAUGGGGAGAACCCUUCUCCAGAAGAAUACCAGCGCAGUACCUUGGAAGAAGCAGGUAGGACUCGGCCACCAAUUACCAGCAAGAAAACCCCAAAUAAGAUGCAUGACUCUGGUAAACCCCUCAAAGAUCUCACUGCUACUCCUGGAUUGCUGGAACUGGAGUGGGAUGAUAGUUAUGAUGCUUGUCCUACACAACCGCAUCCAGAGGAAGAUCAGGAGAUGCGUCCCAUCCCGGACGAGCCCCCAAAACACAUUCAAGACCUACGGAAAACUGCUGUUAUGAUUGUGAAGGGCUCUUACAUUGAAGAGUCUGAGUUCCAGAAUGAUGUUAUGGUUUAUGAACUGGUAGCUAAGAAGGAUGCUCAUGACUCUGGUAAUAGCUAUCAUGCACCAUCCAAACCUCCCGAACAGGCAAAGCAGGAGGUGUUAGAUGGACCAAUAACCGACCAGAAGACUACAAAUUCAGAAUCCUCGAUGAGCAAUGGCUUGAGCUCCCCAUUAAAUGAAAUGGACAGUAAAAAGAGAGAAUCCCAGUCAGACCACAAGUCGUCACUGGAAGGGGAGGACCUCAUGGCCCAGUAUGAGGAGCUCAUAAGGACUCUGGCUGCUCAGCACAGUAGUCCAGCAAAAGCAGACGGUGAACUCAAGAGUCCUACAGUCCUCAUAGGUGAUGAAGAAGAUGAGAUCGACUUUAACUCUUUCUCACCAGAAACACCAGAGACUGAAAAGUUGCCAUCGCCUUUUGGGACCAAACCCCGUAGCGGGAGCAGGGCACAUGCCGUGCCUUUCACAGGGCCAUUUCUGAGCGUACUGCUGUCUCGGCUAGAAAACAUGGCGAGUAACUCACUCCAUGUGAACUUGCUUCUGACUGGUAUUCUGGCUCAGUUAGCUGCUUACCCUCAGCCCCUGCUGCGUUCCUUCCUCCUCAACACAAACAUGGUGUUCCAGCCUAGCGUCCGCUCACUGUACCAGGUCCUGGCCUCAGUGAAGAACCAGAUAGAGAAGUGGUCAGCGAAUAAUAAAGAUUUCCCUGAGCUUCUCACAGCUGCUCAGCACAGCUUACUGGCCAGAGAGAGUUCAUUUAGAGGUAAGAACUCUCCACAGAAUGGACUCCGUGGUUCUGAAGAAGACAGAAUCCAGAAGAACCCGACUAUCCAACCCAAAACUGUGGUUCCCUUAAAUGAAACGGAGGUCUAUGCCACGGUUCUUUUCACAGAGUUCCUUAAAGAGCUCGCAGCCUUUGCACAAGAACACUCCAUCCUUUCUCAUCUUCCCACGGAGCAAUAGACUUUGAUUCUGUUUUUAUGUUUUUGCUGUUAAUGUUUCCAGGAAACGUUUGAACUUCUGAGAUUUUGAAUGAUUUUAAGUUCUCGCCGAAAGCACUAUAAGCUCUCAAUGAAUGUGGGAAUGUUUUUCUGAGUUUUGAUAUUUUUGAUGGGGGUUCUUUCAGCAUGUUUUAUUCGGUUGUGAGAACAAUCCUUGAAACUUCCCUUGUUUGCAUUACCAAAACUCAUUUCCUAGCCAUAAAACAGUCGGUUGAUUUGCCUUCAUUUCAUAAAAGUGACUUAAGGAUGCAACAUGCUGGAGAUAGAAAUUUCAGGCUUAAACUAAA